CGAAAGAAACACACAAAAUCUUCAGACAUCAAUUACCUUGAUUUGUUAAAGCAGCUUAAGCACAUAUGGGUUCACGCAGCAAGUGUUGUUUCCGGGCUUUUCUCGUACUGGUUGUUGCUUCUCUAGCUUCUGCAUCUCCACUACUCUCUCCUUAUUACUAUGACAAAGUGUGUCCGGAAGCUUUACCAACGAUUAAACGCAUAAUUGAGGCUGCAGUGUACGAAGAACCACGCAUGGGUGCCUCUUUGUUGCGUCUGCAUUUCCAUGACUGCUUUGUCAAUGGUUGUGAUGCAUCAGUUCUUUUGGAUUCUUCGCCCACUAUUGAUAGUGAAAAGAAUGCCGUGGCCAACUUAAAUUCUGCCAGAGGAUUCGAGGUUAUCGACCAAAUUAAGCUGGCAGUAGAUGAAGUAUGUGGCCAUCCUGUGGUAUCCUGCGCAGACAUUUUAACGGUCGCAGCUCGCGAUUCUGUAGUUGCGCUCGGGGGGCCAACAUGGACGGUGCAGCUAGGAAGAAGAGACUCAACAACAGCAAGCAGGACCCAGGCAAACAGAGAUAUUCCCUCACCAUUUAUGGACCUUCCUGCACUUAUUAAUAACUUCAAGAACCAAGGUCUAAACGAGAAAGAUCUUGUUGCUCUCUCUGGUGGCCAUACAUUAGGGUUCGCAAAGUGUUUUGUCUUUAAGGACCGCAUCUACAAUGACACGAAGACUAUCGACCCUAAAUUUGCAAAAGCCCGUAGAUCAACUUGUCCAAGAACUGGCGGUGAUACAAAUCUUGCGCCUCUAGACCCAACACCAGCAAAUUUUGACAUCGCAUACUUCACCAACUUAAUCAAUAAAAGAGGUCUUCUGCAUUCCGAUCAACAACUAUUCGUCGGUGGCUCAACGGAUGCAUUGGUCACGAAAUAUAGCUUAAAUGCCAAAGCUUUCUCUGCAGAUUUCCUUAAGUCUAUGGUUAAGAUGGGAAAUAUAAAGCCAUUAACAGGAAAGCAAGGCGAGAUUCGUUUGAAUUGCAGGAAGGUGAAUGACUACUAUUAAAAUGGCUGUUAUCUAUGUGAUAAAAUUAAAACAUUUAAUUUAAUUGAAGUUGCUAAAACAGAGACUUCAUUUCGUUUGUUCAAUUUAUUAUACAGCAAGGACUGUUAAAUAAUGGAGGGAUAUUAUAUCUUCUUGUGGGAAAAGCACCUGCCUGAAGAGAAAUUUACUUUCUCUAAUAUGUAUUUCAGUUUACCGGCUAUGUUCAAUUGUACUUAAGAAAAUCUUAACUAA